AUGAUAGUAAAAGGUUCACAAAGAAACGAUCCUAUUGAAUCAGCUGCUUUGAUUGACAACAAGGCUGAUCAAAAAGCUAAACAAGAUGCAGCAAAGUAGGCAAUAGAUGAUGACAUUAAGUAUUUUUAGACAAACAAAAUUGAAAAACUCAUGGUCCUUAUUGGUGCAUCAGCAUGGUCUUUUUGGCUGAUUAAGUUCGGCUUAAAGACUGUAGAGUAAAAUCUACAAACCCCUAUUUUAGGAGUAGAAAUGGGCCCUUUAGGUUAUUACCAAGAUAAGUCUGAUGCAUAAUGGAGAUCCUUUAUAGAGAAUUUCCAUAUUUUGCUUUCAGCAACAAUCGUUUUUCUUAUCUUAUCAAAGGGCGUUAAAAUGUUCUGUACUACCUAAAAAUCGAAGACUGCCCUUAUGGUUUUCAACAUAACUAUGGGUGCUUCUAUGUUUAUUUACAUGUUUAGAGGUGGCUUCCUAUUCUGGCUCUUCUUUACCUUUAUAAACUUUACAUUAGGUAAGUUGUUUUCAGGACAAAAGAUAUUCCCUGCUCUUUUAUGGGGUUUCAACAUAGCUUUAAUCUUCUUAAAUGACAAGUACCAUGGAUUCAAUCUUGUUCACUUUUUCCAUACUGAUUUAUUGCAAGGAUUAGAAGAUUCAAGAAAAGAUCAAGUAGUAUCUUGGCAUAUUAUGUAUAAUAUGACCAUGUUGAGAGUCAUUUCUUUUUGCAUGGAUAUGCAUUGGGCUAAGUUACAAUUUAGGUCAUUGAAGAAAGACAAGCAUUUUGCUGAAUGCACCUAAUGCUAAAAUAAGAUAAUUUGCCUUAAGGAAAGAUAAGAACAAUUCCAUGAAAUUGAUGAAUAUAAUUUGCUUACACUUUAUAGUUACAUGCUUUAUUUACCAGUUUUGAUUUAAGGUCCACCAAUCACUUUCAAUGCUUUCUAUAGCUAAAUUAAGAGUCCUCAGUAGACUCACACAUUCAAAGAUAAGCUAAAAUACACCUUAAGAACCAUUUUUAUCUAUGUUGUUUUCGAAAUCUGGAUUCAUAUUAACUUUGGAUUUGCUUUGGCCACAAGAAGUGAAAACGAAAAAAUUUGGAGAAAAAUGGACUCUAUGGAGCUAUUUAUGUGUGGAUUCAACACCUUGAUGUUUAUUUGGUAAAAGUUUAACUGUUUAUGGAAAUACUCAAGAUGCUGGGCUCUCUGGGAUGACAUUGAAGUUCCUGAAAAUAUGAAUAGAUGCGUGAAUAAUAAUUAUUGUUUUGAAGGAUUUUGGAGAUCAUGGCACAGAGGAUUCAACUAAUGGUUAAUUAGAUAUAUUUAUUUACCUUGCGGUGGUUCAAAAACAAAGCACUGGAACAUCUGGAUUGUAUUCACAUAUGUUGCUAUAUGGCAUGAUUUGAAUAUCAAUUUAAUCCUCUGGGCUUGGGGAAUCUGCCUCUGUUUAAUCCCAGAAAUAGGAGUAAAGCAAUUGGUUAAGAAGCCAAGAUUCUACAAAUAUACCAGAACUUUCUAUUGGAAGUAUAUUUGUGCUUUCUGUGGAGGUUCCUAUAUUAUCUUUUUAAUCUUUACCAAUCUCAUCGGUUUCGGUACUGGCUACUAAACACUAAUCUUGUUCUUGCAAAAAUCUUUCUCAAGCAUUACUGGAGUUUUCUAAUUUUUAGUCGGUUUAUGCAUUACAAGUUGUGUUACCUUGUAUAUGAUGGAGAUGAGAGUAAUGGAAAAAAAGAAUUUCUGA